AUGUAUGACCUGUUUCUGGUUAUUAUUGUCAGUGCUUCUGUGGCGGUUGCUUUACCUUAUGGCUGUUUCUCGGUGGCAUCCAUGCUGACAUCGCAUUCAGAUUACUUCUACUUGGGUGGCAUGCUUUCUUCUUAUGCCUUAAUCCCGAUUUGGUUGCUUUUUGCUUCUGUUGUCUUUGGUGGCUUAACAGCUACUUGGAUUUUUACGCUGUACUUUGUGGCUAUGAUGUAUGUGAGGAGCAUACAGGAAUACAGCAGGGUGGUGGUUCAGCAGGCUCGCCUUGAGGAUUUUGACUAUGUGGACGAUGUUCUCAGACUUGUUUUCUUUCAUCUCCUCAUCAGAAUUUUCCUUAUCUUGAUGGUGUUAAAGCCGGGGAAGAAAGCAUUUCAGCAUUAUAAGGGGAUCAAGAAGGAAUUAUAG